AUUUUUUUUUAAUUAUAAAAUAACUAUUUAGUUCAUGUAAUCAAGAAUUUGAGUAUUUGACCCUAAACGUUUUACCCAAUUUUCGGGUUUCUCUGUCAAUCAUCUUACAUAAGCAAGUAUGGUAACUACCACCCAUGAAGUCGAGCCAGCAAUUCAAUCGAAAUACGAUCGUGAGUCCGAAUUAAAAGCCUUUGAUGAUUCCAAAUCCGGUGUCAAAGGCCUUAUCGACGCUGGCUUGUCAAAAAUCCCUCGUAUUUUUAUCAACGAUCAACCCAUAAUCGAAGAUUCAAACUCAUCAACUACUCAAAAUCAGUUCAAUAUCCCAAUUAUAGACCUUAAAGACAGCAAGAAUAUCGAAAAUGUUCGGGAUGCUUGUGAAAAGUGGGGGUUUUUCCAAAUAAUCAAUCAUGGAAUCCCGAAAAGAGUUUUGGAUGAGAUGAUUGAUGGAGUGCGAGGGUUCCAUGAGAUGGAAACGGAGGAGAAGAUCAAGUAUUACUCUCGUGAUUUUCAGAAGCGAUUUUUCUAUGUUAGCAAUUUCCAUUUGUUUACAGGCGAUUCAGCUGUUUGGAGUGAUUCGUUUCUGUCGGUUAUGGCUCCUGAUUCUCCACGAUCGGAAGAAAUCCCAUCGAUUUGCAGAGAUAUUUUAACGGAGUACUCCAACCACAUCAUGAAAUUAGGGUUUACUCUGCUCAAGUUAUUCUCAGAAGCUCUUGGGCUUGAAUCAAAUCACCUUGAGAAAUUGGGUUGUGCGGAAGGACUUUUUGUAUUGGGUCAUUACUACCCGACUUGUCCUCAACCGGAAUUGACUUUAGGGACUAAUUGUCAUACGGAUGCUGGUUUCUUUACAAUAAUUCUACAAGAUCUAUUGGGUGGCCUUCAAGUCCUCCAUCAAAAUGAGUGGGUUAAUGUCUCACCAAUUUCGGGAGCUUUAGUGGUUAAUGUUGCGGACCUUUUACAGCUCAUCACAAACGAUAAGUUCAAAAGCGUUCAUCACCGUGUGUUGGCUCAAAAAACAAGUUCACGAAUAUCAGUGGCAGCUAUCUUUCGGCCAUUUCACGAGGGAAUUGAAUCAAAAACUUAUAGGCCAAUCAAGGAAUUGGUGUCGGAAGAAAACCCUUGUGUAUACAAGGAGACUAACCUGAAAGAGUACACAACACUUCGAAUCACUAAAGGACUGGAUAAAUCCGCAUUGGCUCCAUUUAAGGUUGCAUCCAUUAAAUAAAAUUAUGUUGGUGACUUCGAAUGUAGUUUCUGUGUUGAGACGGAUACCCGAGUAAUCAUGUAUUUUAUUUAAAUGAGUGGUGGGGACGAUGUGUUUAUGCGUUGUCUGUAAUCAAAAUCCAUUUUUUUCAAUUUCAAAGUUGGAGAAAUUAAGUAAA